CCUGGUAUUCAGAGUUUGCACAUUAUCAGAGAGCUGAAUGUGACCGUGAAUUGGAGUUGACACGAGGCGUUUUCUCAGUGCGCGCGUGAGGCGAACAUGGAGACGAACGCGAGGUCGACCCCUCACUCGGUGAAGCGGUGGCAGCUCAGCGGGACGGACUAUGAGCCGCAGCGGACCGGGACCCUCUUCAGCAGCCGGACUCCUCUGAACCACAGGACGAGCAACCUGCAGUUGUUUGAGGAGAGGAUGAACCUGGUGAUGCACUGGUUUGACCUUUGGACUGACGGACAGAGGAAACACCUGUUGCACUCUUUGUUCACACGCUGCACCAAGUCACAGCUCAAGUACUGCAAGGAUUUGCUGAUCGAGACGGUUCCUGUGACUCAGGUGGACUUCACGGCGGUGCUGCCACGCUUCCUGUCCCUCUAUGUGAUGUCAUUUUUAUCCCCUCUUGACCUCUGCUUUGCUGCGCAAGUCAGCUGGCACUGGAGGGUCCUUGCUGAGCAGGACUGUCUCUGGGCCGGCCGCUGCAUCUCAAGAGGCUGGUUCCUUCCCUACACUCCAGGAGAGAAAGAAUUUGGAGCGUGGAAGAACCACUACGUCUCCUGCGUCUCCACGCUGGACUGGCUCACCCCCAGGGAGGCAGCCGAGCAGUACGGGACCCUCAACCAGCAAAGUGCGGGGAUGACGGAGGAGGAGCAGGAGAGGAGGAAGGAGAGGAAGAUCAGACAGAUGAUCAGAGACAAACUUCAGGAGGACAAGAGAGAAUCUCUGAGAACCAGGAAAGCCUGGGGCAGCUACACGAAGCCAGAAGGAGCCAGAGGUGGAAGAACUCAGACAGGGAGGCCCGGCUCUGGAAUAACAUUCAGCUCUUGGCCCUCUCUCUGCUGGCCUCCAAGGGCCGUUGGGUCUCCCAGCGUCUGUCUUAGCCCGGACAUGGGACAGACCAGGACUGCAGCCCAGAGCUUGGAGAGGGUCCAGGUCUCCAGUCCUAGCAGCAAAGCCAGAGGAGCGCUGUCGUCCUUCACCAGCAGACCUCCACUGCCACAUGCAGACUACCUGACCCCUCCGGCUCUCUUACUGCUGAUCUCCAACAGAAUCCCUGCCUAUGAGGUGGUGCUGAGUGGCGUGAAGUCAGGAGUGAUGGUGGUUCUGUACGACCACAGGGGGACUCUCUCAGCUCUGUUAACCCAGGUCGAGAGGACUAUUUCUGGGCAGAGAGCUCAGAGGCUGGGCCUGCUAGCUCCUGGAGGAACGGAGGAAAUCCAUCUGCUCCGUGGUAGCAGCCUGUCAGAGAAGACUCUACUGAAUCCCGACCAUAGAGACUUCUGGGAAAAGCUGUGUGGCUGGGUGGCACCAACUGAGGAAGGAGGAGGGAUUGACAUCUUCUCACCGCUGGCUGCAUCUGCAUCGGGAGUCGCUCUCAUGCAGGCUCUCUCUACGCUAACGGGUCUGAAGGCUCAGGCGCCGAUGGGUUUUGCCACCGGAAGUUUCCAGAACAUCCUGAGUGAGUGGUCUGACGGCAGUGUGCGCACCGGACUCUCGGAGCAGCAACCAGCAGCCCCGGCACUGCAGUUUGUGUGUGACGGUGUUCUGCAGGGCUGGUGCAGACAGGCUCAGUGGAUGGAGGAGGCUCUGGGGGAGCUGAGGGUCUGCCGGGGGCCACAGCUACAGCGGGUCAGCCUCCAGGCCAGGAGCCGAGUGCUGGGUCAUUUUCUGUGGGAGAAAAUCUGCCUCGAGGAGCUUUGUGUGUCCAAAGAUCUAAAUGAGGCUCUGACUGAGGGACUCACUGCUCUCACAAGACAGGAAGAGAACAGACCUCUGGAGUUUCUUGCCGUCUUCCUGACGAGAUGGAGUGAGGAGAAGGAGGGAGAAGAGAGUAGCGGAGGGGAAAAGAGGAGAAACAAAGGAGCACAUGAUUUCUCUUUGGCACCACACGACUCACAGAAAUGUGCCGGCCUCAUACCUGAGCUACCACAGAUAGUGUUUGAUUGGAGAGGUGCAGCUGCCAGAGAGCUCCACCACAGCGAGUGUCUUUAUCUGAGCAGACUGGGCGCUGUGCUGAAGGUGUACCAGGAGCCUCUUACAGCAGCUCUCAACUCCAACAGAGCCAUCAUCAGCUACGCCGACAUUCACAUUGUCCUCAGCCCUGUCACUCAAAUACUGGAGCUCAACAGGGUGUUUCUGGCGGAUUUACAAGCCCGGCUGCAACAGUGGGGUGCAGAGCAGUGUGUCGGAGAUGUGCUUGUAAAACUGUGCUCAAAACUCAGAGUCUACACCAACUACCUCAACAACUACAUCACCGCCCUCUGCACCAUCGACAAGUGCAGGGAGACGAAGCCUCCGUUCCGGGCUUUCCUGAAGCGAGCAGACAGAAAUCUUGCAACACACAUGCUGAGCCUGCAGGAGCUGCUGCUGUGUCCAGUGUGGAGGAUACAGGAGUACGUGACUCUGCUUCAGGUGUUGUCUUUACACACACACGCCGGCCACCCCGACCACACACACCUCUCCUCUGCUCUAAACACCCUGCUGGGAUUCAGAGAGUUCAUACAGAAGUUGAAGCGUAACUCAGAGAGAGACGGGCUGAUGGAGGAAACGCAGAAGAUGAUCCAAGGCUGUCCGAGCCUCAGUGAAGGAAACAGGCAGCUGAUAACAACACAGGAUGCUGCUUUGCUCAGGAGCCCUGAUGAACAGAUUCCUGACUCACUCAGGACCUACGAGCAGGUGUCUGAUGUGGGCCUGUUCCUGUUUAACGACGCUUUGGUGUUGACGCGGCGAAACGUGCAACACACACCGUUCUCGUUGGCUCACCAGAGCACACACACUUUCCUGGCCUCUGUGGCUCUCUCCAGUCUGGCCGUCAGAGAGAUCACACACACACGCUAUGUGCGUCAUGCCUUUGUCCUGGAGGGUCCUUGUCGUUCUUGGGUUUGUGCCACAGAAAGAGGAGAGGAGAGAGAGCACUUCCUGUCCGUGCUGCGUUCAGCCAUAAACUCUGCUCUGACGGGACAUCGGUGACGGCGCCGUGACGAGGAAACCCCGGCAAGACAAGAAGAGGUUAGGACACCACUGUUGGCCUUUUAAGAUGAUAAGUUAAACACAUUUUCUUUUAGGAAACAUCAAACAGCAAUUAUUUUUCCACACCACACAUGAUGUAAAGACUACCAACUCCUGCCACUGUGUCAGUGGUGUUCUGAGUGUCUCACUUCAACCUUAAUAGUAUUCAGAUUAUAGUUUAGAUUAUUAUCAGGGGGAAUCCUGUUGUCACAUAAUGAUUUAACAUUAGCAUAAUGGGAUAUGGUCACUUUUUGCAUUUGCAAUAUUUGGAGUAUUUUGAAACCUUUUGCACUAUCCUGCUUGUUAUUGACUGGAAGGUGCAUCACAUUACAUAUCCCAUCAACCUGUAUUUUAUUUUCUUUAUGCAUUUCUAUACCUACGUCUCCUGAUACUGCAUGAGUUGUUCAAUAACUGAUGAACUGUGUUAACUCGGCAUGAGCUAGACAUGUUAAACUCCCUCUACGGAUUAAAAAAAACAACUUUUAUACAUCCGUACUUCAACACAAUACUGUUGAGAAAACAGCUUAAUAAAUCUCAAUACUUUGUUAGUACGGCUAAUGUUGCUCAUUAAAAUCAAGUCGUUAUUUUGAUACUCUUCCAUCGUGAACCUGAUGUAGCUCAACUUAAAAACUGUUGUAGUUCUUUACCAUAUGUUGACGUGGGAAUCGCAGCAGAUAUUAUGAUGUGUUUGCGUUGUGUCUGCCGAAACUGUUUUUUUUUGUCUUUUGUGUAAAGUAGCUUUGUGUUAAACACUCCAUACAUACUUACUAUAAAAUGAGAAUAUUGUGGGUUUUACUUUUAUUGUAAUCACAUCAUGCAUUCAUUCCUUUAACAUUAAACCAGUAACAUUAGCUAAACAAUCCCAUCAUCACAAGUAGCAUCUUUAAUUUACAACAAAUCCUUUAAAUGUCUUGUUUCUCA